AUGGCGAUCGCUACGGAGACACAACAGCAGCAGCAGGAGAAGGAGGCUUCAGAUGCUUCUACAGUUGCACAAAAGAGGUGGAAUCUGAGUGAUUUUGACAUUGGAAAGCCUCUUGGUAGAGGCAAAUUUGGUCAUGUCUAUCUCGCCAGAGAGAAAAGGAGCAAUCACAUUGUUGCGCUAAAGGUUCUUUUCAAGAGCCAGCUUCAACAAUCUCAAGUUGAACAUCAGCUCAGAAGAGAAGUAGAGAUUCAGUCUCAUCUUCGCAAUCCCAAUAUACUGCGGCUUUAUGGUUACUUCUAUGAUCAGAAAAGAGUUUAUUUGAUACUUGAGUAUGCUGCUAGAGGCGAACUUUACAAAGAACUUCAGAAAUGCAAAUACUUCAGCGAAAGACGAGCUGCAACAUAUGUUGCAUCGUUGGCGAGGGCUCUCAUCUAUUGCCAUGGCAAGCAUGUGAUACACAGAGAUAUAAAACCGGAAAAUCUGUUAAUUGGUGCUCAGGGUGAGCUCAAGAUUGCAGACUUUGGUUGGUCGGUACACACAUUUAACCGCAGAAGGACAAUGUGUGGCACGCUUGAUUACCUUCCUCCUGAGAUGGUCGAAAGCGUAGAACAUGAUGCUAGUGUAGAUAUCUGGAGCCUUGGGAUUCUCUGUUACGAGUUUCUUUAUGGCGUACCUCCUUUUGAAGCCAUGGAGCACUCAGACACAUACAGAAGGAUUGUGCAAGUGGAUCUAAAGUUCCCUCCCAAACCUAUCGUCUCUCCAUCUGCAAAGGAUUUAAUUAGCCAGAUGCUUGUCAAGGAGUCUUCACAACGUUUGCCAUUGCACAAACUUUUGGAGCAUCCGUGGAUUGUGCAAAACGCUGAUCCUUCUGGAAUCUACAGAGGUUGA